AAACCCCUAAAAAUAUGACUAGUGUAGAAGCGUUACGUGAUUUAGAAUGUGAUUGUCACCAUCGUCGAUUGCAUAGAUUGUCAAAAUCGUAUGCACUAAACAUCAAAAUUUGUGUGGGAUACUCGUAAUCCUUCUCCAGCUUUCACGCAUUCCACCUUUACAGUUUUCACACCUGACAUGGCGUACCACCAUUGGCACGCAAACGGACAGGGGAUCGCCGUAACCACAGAUAUCCCUGCUACCCGAUCACUAAAACCCCUAAAUUCUCCUUCCAAAUCACAGCAUUCAAACUGGGUUUCACCGGGAGUAGAAAGAGAGAGGCAUGAAGGAAGCAUUGGUGGUUUGCGGAGACAAGAAUUUAACGGUAGGACUCACGAUUUGGGACAUAGAAACAGGGGAUUAUCUUCUUCACAUACCCACAUGUGCUUCACACUUCCAUGGGCUCACUUGUUUGAGAAAUCAGUACUUGGUUGCCUCUCAAAUUCACCUCCCCGGCUCCGUCGCUGGCGGCGUCAUCUUCACCUGGCCUUUCUCUAAGCCACGUUCAUCAUUACGGAGCUAUACCAUUGAAGCCAUUGGGCCGAUUUCAAGCACAAAAGAUGGUAUAUAUGUGGCAGGUGGAGCCAUUUCUGGAAAUCUCUACAUUUGGGAGGUUAUAAGUGGUAAACUGCUAAAAACUUGGCAUGCACAUAAUUCGCCAAUAACUUGUUUGGCUUUUUCUAAUGAUGCUUCUCUACUUAUAUCUGGAUCCGAAGAUGGAAUGAUAGUUGUCUGGCCUAUGAUAAGUUUACUAGAUGAUAAAAACUUAGAAUCCUCUGAUUUAUCACUAAGUGUUUCAACUGAGCAUAAAUCCUUCAUAACUGGACUCUUACCAUCUUCAGCUGUCUCUCAAUCAGUUUUUGUAUCAAGCUCACUUGAUGGCACAUGCAAGGUAUGGGAGCUUGUAAAAGGGACACUUUUGCAAACAUGGUCUUUUCCACAACCGAUAACUGCAAUGGUUCUUGACCCUUUGGAGAGAUUUCUGUUUUCUGGAAGUGCAGAUGGAAGGAUAUUUAUGACCCCAUUUGAUGUUGGAUUGAUGAAGGAGGCUUCCUUUGAUUCAGAGGAUCAAAAAUUGGAAUUGAAUGGACAUAAGGAAUCUAUUACAGCAUUGACUUUUUGUAAAUCCGGUCUUAUUUCUGCUUCUGAGGAUUGUACUGCUUGCUUGUGGAAUGUUAUUGAGGGUGUGAUCAUUCGAAGAUUUAAUCAUCACAAAGGUUUUAUUACUAAUAUGGUUGUGAUCCCACACUCCUCACUCCUCCCCUUGCCACAUCAUCAACGCAAAUUUACUAAUUUGCCCGUAUCAUUACUCCAAAAAUAUCCUCACCAAGAUGAUCCAUCUAAUUCAAGUAUUACCCUUCUUCUACCAUCUUCUUCUACACAACAACAAAUUACUCAUCAGUAUCAAAGUGCCAACUUACUGAAACAACAGAUUAUUGAUUUGGAGGUAGAAAGGACGCCUGAAGCCUUACAGUUGAAAGUGGAAACCAACGUUGAGAAUAGAUUAUGGAUCACUAACAUGACAAAGCAUGUGAUAGAGAUGAACAGUCACUUACAAUCACGUUUGCUUGAUUUGACUCAACUUCGUCUUCUACAAGAUGAAACUCACACAAAAACUAAGUAG